AUGACAUACCCAUUAAAUUUUCUAUACCAAAAUAUAGAUUCAUACCUAGAAAAUAAUCCUUCAUCAGACCCAAAUCAAAGAGGAUUAACAACAAGAUAUAAUUCUCAAAAUCCAGGAUUCCCAUUCCCAAUUUUAGAAACUGAUGAUUUCAUUUCAAAUGAAUUAAAUCUUUAUAAUUUAUCACUUACUCAUAGAAGAAAAUAUUUUGAUGAUUAUAGAGAUUCAUAUCUUGAUAAUAUUGAUUAUCAAAAUCAUUAUGGAUUAUUACCAAAUAAUACAUAUAUCCCACAACCAUUCAUUGGAUAUAUUCAAACUUUUCAUUCAUAUCUAAAUAGAUUUGGUCAUAAUUAUGACUAUCAAUUUUCAUUAAUGUGUCCUCAUCAUGAUGAAUUCAAUCCAAGAAUUCCAUGUUUGAAAACAUUUGAAUAUAAUCCAGAUUCUGAAGAAUGUUUCCAAGAAUAUUUUAAUCAUUUUAAAAAUUUUCAUUAUGAUGGAAUUUUCCCUAUAAAUGAAUAUCAACAUCCAUUUUAUGAAGGUGUUGUUAAAAAUAAUGAUUAUGAAUUAAUAAGAAAUAAAUUUUUACCAAUUGAUUUAAAAUUAUUUAAUCAAUCAAUUGAAUAUCUUCAAAGAAGUUGUUUGAAUGAUUCAUUACAACCUUUUUAUUUAUAUGGAUAUGAAGAUGUUUUAAAAUUUGAUGAAUUUAUUUGUAAUGAUGAUGAAGAAUAUGAACUCAAUUCAAUUAUUUAUGAUGAAAAUGAAUUUUUAGAAAGUAUUGACACUUAUAAAUAUUAUUAUGAUCAACAACCAAUAGCUUUUGAAUUUGAUAUAUUAGAUGAAAUAAAUAGAAGAAAAAGGAAUGAAACUUUACUGGUUCAAAAUGCUUCUUCUCAAAUAUCUGAUAAUGAUGAUAAUGAUGAUGAUGUAUUAGAUGAUCAUAGACCAAUAAGAAAUUAUAGUAUGAUUCCUAGAUAUGAGAUUCAUGAUCAAAAUGAUGGAUUGACAGAAAUUCAUGAUGGAAUUAAUGAAUUGUGGGACAAUUUCCAAGAUUUGCAAGAUGAAAUAAGAUUAAUUGAAGCAGUUGAUUCAAAUGGAUAUCUAUUUGAUGACAUUGAUAUAGAUUUUUAUGCUUUGAUUAUUAGAACUCUUCGACAUGAUCAUAUUCCUGAAUUAUGGGAUUUGAUAAACAUUGAAGAAUUUAUUAGGAUUAUGCAAUCAGCAGAAGAGCAAAUUAAAAUUGAAAUAUCUAAUGAUCCAAAUUAUUUUGAGUUUGGAAAUUCUGUCAAUAGUGAUGACUAUUUGUUUAAUGAAUUUAUUGAUAAAAUAAUUAGUGAAAUUGAAUUAAGCAGAUGA